AUGGAAAACGUGCAAAAGUUUCAGAACCCCAUCAUUCCAGGGUUUGCGCCAGACCCCUCGGUCGUCAUGGUCGAUGGGAUCUUCUACCUCGUCACCUCAUCCUUUCACAUCUUCCCGGGCCUGCCUAUAUACGCCUCCCGUGACUUGCAGAAUUGGAAGCAUAUCGAGCAACUCACCCUCGCCAACGCAGGCACAAACUUCUUCACCCUAGACACCGGCCACACAAUGAUCGCAACAGGCGGCCUCUUCGCAGCCACAAUCCGUCACCACCGCGGGAGAUUCUACAUCGUCUGCACCAACUGCGGCUCCUCAAACGGAUCCUCUGACCUAGAAAACUUCAUCAUUCAUACCAUUGACAUUUGGGGCGGAGAAUGGAGUGACCCCAUCCCAGUAAACUUUCACGGCAUCGAUCCAAGCCUUUUCUUCGAUGAUGACGAUCGUGUAUACUUCCAAGGCUGCUUCGUCAUGGACCGCUCAAAGCAGCCGAGUUGUACGAUCAAACAGGUUGAAAUUGAUAUUCUCACCGGGAAGCAACUCUCCGAGCAACGAGAGAUUUGGGGUGGGCAUGCGAGGUACGACACCGAGGGACCGCACGUGUAUAAAGUCGAUGGGUGGUACUACCUCCUAGUAGCCGAAGGCGGGACCUUUGAGCACCAUAUGCUUUCCAUCGCGAGAUCAAGAGAGAUAUGGGGACCGUAUGAAAGUUUCAAGGGGAACCCGAUCAUGACUGCCGAUGGCAAGGACGAGUACAUCCAGAACAUAGGCCACGGCGAGCUGUUCAAGGAUGCGAGAGGAGCAUGGUGGGCCGCGGUGCUCGGCGUCAGGAGGGAUGGUGAUGGAUGUGCUGCUUUGGGGCGUGAGAGUUUCCUUACGCCUGUUGAGUGGCCUGAGGGGGGAUGGCCACGGAUACUCCAGCCCAGAAUGGAGUUUGAGAGGGAGGAGUCUGCGGAGGUUGCGUCGAGCUUGGAUGUACAAGCUUGGAAACCACCCGCCGGUGUUGCGAACGUCUUCAUCAGAGAUCCCGACUUUUCCAAGUACCGGCUCUCUAAGGAUGAUGAGCGCAGAAUUACGCUUUUGCCAAGUCGCACUGGAUUCUCAAGUUCUACUGGGACCUGCACUUUCCUCGGAACAAGACAGAGAUCUUUGGCGAGUUGCGCCGUUGCUUCUCUCGAACUUGACGACAAUAUGAAGUCAGCAAACGGGCUUCGAGUAGGUUUGGCGAUGUAUAGAGACAGCGUCCGCCACGUCUCUAUCGCAUACGACUCCGCCGCUGAAGCCGUCGUCUGCCACGCCUUCAACUCUGCGAUUGGUCUUGAUAAGGUCUUCCCAAAGACUCUUCCACUGGAGAACAAGACACAAACGAUCACUUUCAAAAUCCAAGCCUCGAAGACUGAGUGGAAGUUCUAUGCUGCACUGCAUGACGAAGAUGGCGCUCUUUUUGACAACAAAAGUCUCAGCCUUGGUAGUUGCAAAUGGGAAGAGCUCGGGGUGGUUGCGGUCAAAGACCUUGAUGCCCGGGACUUCACGGGUCCUAUCCUGGGCAUCUUCGCUCAGACUUCAGUUGAGAAGACUGAAUAUGUACCAGUGAAGUUCUCUCGCUUUGCAGUGGAAGACGAUGGAUUCAGUACGUAG